AUUAAGAAGAUGAAUAAGCUGUACAUCGGGAACCUGGGCGAAAACGUGAGCCCCCAGGACCUGGAAAGUCUCUUUAAAGAGUCCAAGAUCCCCUUCACCGGCCAGUUUCUGGUGAAGACGGGAUACGCGUUCGUAGAUUGCCCCGAUGAGAACUGGGCGAUGAAGGCUAUCGAGGCACUUUCAGGUAAAGUUGAACUGCAUGGUAAACUCAUAGAAGUUGAGCAUUCAGUUCCCAAAAGACAAAGAAGUCGAAAACUUCAGAUCAGAAAUAUCCCGCCACACUUGCAGUGGGAGGUGCUGGACAGUUUGCUAGCACAGUACGGUACAGUGGAGAAUUGUGAGCAAGUGAAUACUGACACAGAGACUGCAGUAGUAAAUGUAACAUAUGCCAAUAAGGACCAGGCCAGGCAAGCAAUAGAAAAACUAAAUGGAUACCAGCUUGAAAAUUACUCAUUAAAAGUGGCAUAUAUUCCGGAUGAGAUGGCGGUGCAGCCACCUCCUCAGCAGCACCCGCAGGGGAGACGUGGCUUUGGGCAGAGAGGUCCGCCUCGGCAAGGCUCCCCUGGCGCAGCCACACGGCAGAAACCACAGUCUGAUGUUCCGUUACGGAUGCUGGUUCCCACCCAGUUUGUAGGAGCCAUUAUUGGAAAAGAAGGCGCCACCAUCAGAAACAUCACCAAACAGACACAAUCGAAAAUUGAUAUUCAUCGGAAAGAAAAUGCAGGUGCUGCUGAAAAACCAAUUACUAUUCACUCUACUCCAGAAGGGUGUUCAACAGCUUGUAAAAUUAUCAUGGAGAUAAUGCAGAAGGAAGCGCAAGAUACUAAAUUUACAGAAGAAAUUCCCUUGAAGAUACUAGCACAUAACAAUUUUGUUGGCCGGCUCAUUGGCAAAGAAGGACGGAAUUUGAAGAAAAUCGAACAGGACACAGACACUAAAAUCACAAUAUCUCCAUUGCAGGAUUUGACACUCUAUAACCCAGAGAGGACCAUUACAGUUAAAGGCAGUAUUGAAACUUGUGCCAAGGCUGAGGAAGAAAUAAUGAAGAAAAUCAGGGAGUCCUAUGAAAAUGAUAUUGCUGCUAUGAAUCUUCAAGCACAUUUAAUUCCAGGAUUAAAUCUGAAUGCUUUGGGUCUGUUCCCACCUUCCUCUUCAGGGAUACCUCCUCCUACAGUGGGGGUUGCUUCAGCUGCUGCCGCCUCUUCAUACCCUCCAUUUGGGCAACAGCCCGAGUCUGAGACUGUUCAUCUCUUCAUCCCAGCCUUGGCAGUGGGGGCUAUUAUUGGCAAGCAGGGGCAGCACAUCAAACAACUUUCUCGUUUUGCAGGUGCAUCUAUAAAGAUUGCACCCGCUGAAGGACCAGAUGCUAAACUAAGAAUGGUGAUAAUCACGGGACCACCAGAGGCACAGUUCAAGGCUCAAGGAAGAAUCUAUGGGAAACUUAAAGAAGAAAAUUUCUUCGGGCCUAAAGAAGAAGUGAAACUAGAAGCUCAUAUAAAAGUACCAUCUUACGCUGCUGGUAGAGUUAUUGGUAAAGGAGGCAAAACGGUAAAUGAGCUUCAGAAUUUGACAAGUGCAGAAGUCGUUGUUCCUCGUGACCAGACACCUGAUGAAAAUGAUCAGGUGGUUGUGAAAAUUACUGGCCAUUUCUAUGCAUGCCAGCUUGCCCAGAGGAAAAUUCAGGAAAUACUGGCUCAGGUAAGGAGGCAGCAACAGCAGCAAAAGACAGCGCAAAGUGGAUCAGCUCAGCAAAGACGAAAAUAAAGGCUUAGGAAAAGACCCUUCGGAGACAGAUGCCAGACCAAAGAGAGACUGUUAUGGACAGGUUCUGGGCACCUGUUUGGAGUUGUAUGCAGAAGUUUCACCAAGCCAGUCACUUGUCUGAGGACCAGGCCACACUUGGCAUGCUGUCUCUGAGAAUGUAUCCUUUAGGCUCUCUUACUUUUGAAACCCAGCUUUAAACUACGGACCCCUUCACUUCCCUUUUUGUUCUAUUCUCACAGUUCAACAUAAACUUGAUAGUCUUCUUUUUAUUGUUCUUACUAUUCCCCAGUAAUUUUAGAACUUGGUUUAAUGAAGCUUUCUCUUUUGAGUUCACUGAAUUUAAAAAAAAAAAGGAAAGAAAAGGCAUUGCUCAUCUAGGUCUGCUUGUAAAGAAGAAAAAGACAAUUUGAAGGGUGGGAUUCUGGGAGGGUUUGGGUUUAGAACAAGGGCAUUGACAAAGAGGUUAAGUGUUACUCCCACUGUUAACCAAGUGGCAUUUCUUUUAAAACAUUUGGUUGCAUUUUUACAUAACACUGCCAUGUAUAAACUAAGGGAAGUGUUGAAUGGUGUUGGCCAGGGCAUGAAAAGAUAAAUAUGCAUUUUACUAAACUACCUCAGGCAUUUAAUACCUCAAAUAAGAAAUUGUUCCUUUUUUUUGCUUUUUUUUCUUUUGGGUAUUUUGUAUACUUUAUAAAGCUAAUAGUUCUUGAGCAUUUUAUUUUUUUAAAAAAAGUAAAAUUUGAUCAGCCAGCAGCUAGAGGUACUACAGAACUUAUGGGGAGGGGGGGGAAAUAUAGUAGAUUGCUUCUAGCUGCUGGUUGACGGGAGUGAGAUGGAAAAAAUAUAGUCUCAGAUUGUAUCUGAGGGUUUCAACACAAUCAUUUGUUUGGGGGAGGGGGGAGUUAGUGAAUGUUCAAAUGAUACCUAAACAAAUGCCAACAUUCUAAAAGCAGCAAUGCCAUGGUUUUUCUUUUAGGACGGGAUGAAAAAGUUUGUGAUGGUACUUUGUUGGGAACAGAACAAGGAAGUGAUGGCAAGAGGCUGGGACUUGGGGGUAAAUUUUAGAAAGUCUUCUGCAGACUGGAAAAAAAUUCCCCCCCCUUGUACUACUUGAUUGAAUGCAUGAACCCUUUGUGCCUUUGACCAUCACUACCUACCUACUAAUGCUACAUUAAAACAUUUGCUGCCCAUUUGUACUUUGCUGUUCUGUUUCAAAGAGCAAGCUUCAUCUUCAGUUUUGUAGGACGUUUGAUCUUCUAGAGCAGUUGAGAGACCUGGUUUCUCUGCUCUCUAGCAAAUUGCUUCAUACUGUUUUCGAUUACCACAAUAGAGGGGAGGGGAAAAGAGAUCAAACAAUGUUUGGUCACAUUUAAAAGUAAUGAAAGGCUAAGUUUACAUAUCCAGCCUCUACUAAGGGCCACAAGCCACUUCGAAGGUUUCUCUCUCUCUUUUUUUUAAAAAAAUGAAUUAAUACAACCUGAAGCUUGGCUUUCAAAAUAGAUACAGCAGGAUUUAUGCACAUUCUGCAACUAACCCCAUGACAGGAGGAAGAGAACUUAUCAAAAGGCAGGGAUCACAGGAAAUUUACCAAAUUUAUUUUUUUUAAUUUCAGAAUGUAAUUUGAAUCAUGAUUGUGGUAAUAUGCAUUCAAGUUUCUACAAUAAACUUCAGUCUACCUCAGUUUUAACAAUGUGGCAACACAUGGUGCAUAAAGACUGCUGUGCGUGUGCACGCCUGCCCGUGUGCACGAGCCAUGCUAUUACCUCGGACCCUUUUGUUUGUGAUGUUUCUGUGCAUGAGAAGAUUGGAAUUGCUACGCUGCACUGAUUUGAGGGGCACAAUUAGCAAAAACAAAAUUUUGUUUCACCAUUUUGUUGAUCUACCUCUUAGAUUGAUAUUAAAAUAGAGGCAUUUCUACAUAGAAUAGAUCAUUUUCCCAAAGAUCAUUGUUUGUACAGGUUAGAUAACUUUUGAAAAAUGGUCUGGUGUUUUUUAUUUCAUCUUUUCUUUACUAAUUGGUUUAUAAACCACAAAUUUAUGUUGUAGUUUAGCAGAAGGAAAAAAUGGAAGGGGUUUUUUUUGUUCUUGGACAGUACUUUUACCUAAUCUUUAGGAGACUUUUUUUCUUACAAUGAAUUUACAAUUACUGAAG